AAAAUAUUGACUGAUGAUGGGAGAUGUGAAGCCUAUUUAUAUCAGCUGUGGGUGUAACAGGACUCCCCAGUGUGUAGAUUGGUCAACGUCAGGGACUGUCUGCUAUGGGGCCUGUCAUGCUGUGGCGAUUUAUCACCCAGAAGGAUAUGCAAAUGGACAUGGUUCUAUCUCUCAUACCCUGGUCAAACAUACUGGUCGAGUGAACUGUGUUAAAUGGAUUCGGAAUACAAAGGCCCAAGCAUCAGAUGAACGUUUUGUGUCAGGCUCUGUUGAUAAAACAGCAAUUGUCUGGAAAAAAUCUGGUGUGGAUCAGGUAGGGUGCUUUUUAACAACUCUGAUAAAAUACCUGUAUUUUUUUACAAUCACAACAGUGAAUGGUAUAGAAACAACCAAUCAAAAUGAGACAUACAUCGUCACAGGUUCAACAGAUUCUCAGCUUAUGAUAUGGAAAGAUUCAGGAUCAAAUGAUUUCACUCCGUUACAGAGCCUCAGUUUUGGGACAGGUUUCGUUCUAGAUGUCUCUCUCAUCUGUCUACCAACUACAGGGAUUCCUCUCUUGGCGUGUGGAUGUGAUGACCAUAAAAUUCAUUUAUACAGCUUACAGGACGACUGUAAAUUAUUCCAGCUUUUUAACAAGGUGAUUUCCCUCCAAGGACAUGAAGACUGGGUGAGAGCUGUGGACUUCUGUGUGGAGGAUAGUGGAGAUGUAAUGCUGGCGAGCGCUGGACAGGAUUAUCUCAUCAGAAUCUGGAGAUUAUCUCGACGAGAUGCGGGCAGUGAUGAAGUGAACAAAUCAGUGCAAGAGUUGUCCAUAGAUGACGAGAUCAAAAUGAGGGAAAAUACGUUCUCAUUUACAUAUAAAAAAAAGAAGCAGACAUUUGCAGUGAGUCUGGAAUCUGUGUUAAGCGGUCAUGAGAACUGGAUUUACAGCAUUCGAUGGCAGCCCCCUGUAGUCAUGGAAACCUCCAGUCACCAACCAAUGAAAUUACUCUCUGCUUCCAUGGAUAAGACUAUGAUUAUCUGGAUGCCUGACCCAGAAUCAGGAGUAUGGAUUGAACAGGUACGAGUGGGAGAGGUGGGAGGGUACAUUAUAGGGUGUGCACUGUUUGUAAUUGGCAGGUCCAUCAUCGCCCAUGGUUACCAGGGGGCCUUCCAUCAGUGGUCGUAUAACGAGACAAGUAACCAGUGGCGCCCGGUGGUGACAGGGAGUGGUCAUUUUGAUGAAGUAGAGGACCUGGGAUGGGACACGGGGGGUCAGUUUGUGAUGACCGUGUCCAAGGACCAGACCACGAGACUUCACGCACCAACGAUUUACCAACAAGGAAAGGAGAUUUGGUAUGAGAUUGCACGUCCACAAGUCCAUGGCUAUGACCUCCAAUGCUUGGCUAUCAUCAAUCGGUACAAGUUUGCCUCGGGUGCUGAUGAAAAAGUGAUACGGGCAUUUGAAGCUCCGAGAAAUUUUAUUGAGAAUUUCUGUACACUCUGUGGUAAAGACUUGACAAAAGAACUGCAGAAAGAGGAGGCUCAGAAUCGUCCGGAGGGAGCAAGUGUCCCUGCCCUGGGGCUGUCCAAUAAGGCCGUAUUUGGGGGGGAGAAGAUUUCUGAUGACAGGGAGAUGCAGCCCCACCCUAAUGAUCAGUACCCAGAGGUGUACUUCUCACCCAUGACACUCACAGAGCCUCCUACAGAAGAACAGCUUCUACAGAACACACUGUGGCCCGAGACUCAGAAACUGUAUGGACACGGUUAUGAGAUCUUCUCUCUCGCCAGCGAUCCUGCCGGUAAAAUCUUAGCAUCUUCCUGUAAGGCAGCCAAAGCAGAGUUUGCAGGGAUCAUUCUUUGGGAUACGACUAGCUGGACACAGUUAUGUACCCUGAGUGGUCACACCCUGACUGUCACACAGAUGGCGUUCUCACCUUGUGGUAACUUCCUGCUGUCUGUAUCAAGGGACAGAACCUGGGCAGUGUACAGCAAAAAGUCACAUGAUCAGCCCGAGUCUGAUCCUCUUUUCACCAAGUUGUUAGGAACAGACAAGAAGUCGGCGGUACAUUCAAGGAUUAUCUGGUCGUGUGCCUGGAGUCCUGACAGUAAACGUUUCUUCACAGCAUCUCGAGAUAAAAAGAUAAUUGUGUGGCAGAAUCCAGGCCUUUGUGAGGACCCCAGCUCUGCGCUUCAGCCUGUGGACUCGGUCACUUUGUCGGACUCAGUCACAGCAGUAGAUGUCUCAAGACAUACCCUGUCUGAUAAUAGACAUCUGUUGGCAGCAGGUCUGGAUAAUGGUAGAAUCUGUCUUUACAUGUGGAGACAGGCUCCAUCAGACAGCUGGCAGCUCAUCACAGAACUGGAUCAAGCAAUUUCACACCAUUUGACAGUGAAGAGGAUACAGUUUUCUCCAGAUCUGAAAGACAAUAACAUUCAGCAGUUUGCUAGCUGCAGUUUAGAUCAUUGUGUAAAAAUAUACAGAAUAGACCGGACUAAAUUGUAAAUAAAUAGUGUAAAGGUCACA